ACAGUUCAUCACACUAUUUGGAAAACAACUGACAUACCAACAAUAAGAUCAACUAAAAAACCUUGGCAUUAUUGUGAAAGUAACCUUUGCUUUAGAGAAAAGGUUUGUAAGUAAUAGAUUAAUUAUCUCCAAGAUAGAUGAAUACAUUGAGAAAAGCUUAUUGUUCACAAAUUUUCUUAUUCUUCUUUUGUGCCAUGCCAACCAGGUUCUCAUACAAUUUAUACAUGUAGUUAGAUCAUCAUAAAACUUGCAGGUUACAUAGUUCGGCAGCUUAAUUUGCAUGUCUGAAAUGUAACUAUAUUAUUUUCAAAACUGAUGCUUUGUAAGAACUCUACAGUUUCUUGGGAGAUUUUUGACAUGCAUCCUGCUUAUCUUAAAUUUGUCUAGAUCAGUUGCAUGACCAAUCUUUUCCUUGGCACAGCAAGAGUUUCUGUUUUCCCAAAGCAAUCCACCUUAUAUGACUGUCUAGUAAAUUCACGCCUUGUCUUCAUUGGAAUAGAAAUUCCAUUUGCAUUAAGAGAAGGUGUCUUCUGCAUUCUCCUCAUUUUCAUCACAGUAGCUAUGUACAGAUCUCUUCUAACAUCACUCUCUAAUUUAAACAAAAUCUUAAUAUUUAUCUGUUCCUGGUAAUCAGAUGUUGAUCCUGCCUGUGUUGACAGGUAUCAGCAUCCUAUUAAAUCCAACCACCAUACCCAAAUAUGUACAACCUUCAUAUGACCUAACUACCAGCAUGCUCCAGUCGGUACCAAACAUGGAUCAGUAUCAUCUUUGUAUCAACAGCAGUCAUAAUGAUGCUCAUUACACCAUUACAAUCAUGAUAUAUUAAGUCAUUCUGCCAAUACCUCUGGAAUAUCCCUUGUGAUCUUUCAUACACCUUAGAGAGUCUUAUAUCCAUCCUAGGUUCCUGAUAGCCUUUGGACAAAUGAGAUUUUUAUAUGAAUUAGGAUAUUUUCAUUAGACAAAUUUUACCGGUUUACAGGCAUUGUUUGCUAUAUUUUGGGGAGAUCUUUUGCUGUUAAAUUUUAGUUACCAAUACAGACCUUAUACGGUACAACUUUAUAAUUUUCCAGAACAAAACCAUGUUAUUGGUAUCUAUAUUUUAAAAGUUAAACUACUAUUCAGAUUCCUUAGCUACUUGGCACCUUAAAUACCACUAUAAUGUACUACUAUCAAUAACUGACAUAUGCUAUUCGAUUGGACAUACAAGUAAAAGACAUAUACUGUACGUGAAUCCUUCCUGUACACAGUUGCAGAUAGAUUCAGCACUGAUCAAUAAGAGAUAUAGUACAUGAAGCCAUACCAAAAGCUGGACAUCAAAAAAGUGAAACCAUUACAUGCACAAGAUUUGCACAUAAAAGGUUUCUUCUAUUCUCAGGAUUCACACAGUUGGAAGGUACUAGACUACAUUACACUCCUGGAGUUUUCUUCCUCCCCCUUCCUAGGAUUCAUUAACCAUUGACAGACUCUGCCAUGUAUCAAAAGUCAAUUAUUAAAUAACUGUAUCUGUGUGGCUUAUCUAAUCAUCCACCCUCAGAAUUUUUCAUUUAUUGACACCAUUAAUGUUUCCCAUACUUACAGUCAUCUGAAAGCAGUAUAUAAAUGUAUAAAUGCGGCUUCUUUCUGUAUUGUUAUGUGAACUCCUUUGAAGCAAUAGCUCCCUUCUCUUCUCUUCUUUCUCUUCUUUUGUUUGAUGAUUUGGGAGAGGAGGUUAAUGGCAGCGGAGGUGAGCUCGUUAUCAAGGAUGCUGAGGGGUUAUGAGGAGGAAGGAGAGGGGAAGAGGGAGCUUGUCACAAGGGAUUUGCUCGGUGGCGGCGGAGCAGUGCUCGGAUCUGCGGAGGUGGGUCUUGAGCUCCGUGUUCCGAUGGGUUGGGAGAGACGGUUUGAUCUAUUGCAUGGAAAGACCUACCUCGAGAAGCGCGACCCUGAUCCGGUUCCCUCCUGUCUCCACAAUCUCAACCUCGCGCUACCUCCACCAUCCACCGCCGCCCUCGUCCCGCAGCCGGACGCGGCGGCGGCGGCGCCCGCGCCCUCGGCGUACCAGAGUGUCUGCACCCUGGAGAAGGUGAAGUCCGCCCUCGAGCGCGCGACCCGCCGAUCCGACGGCUCCCCUUCGCCGCGCUCCUCGUCGACCACCACCACCUCCUCCUCCUUCUCGGUGAUCAAGCGGCGUGCGCCGGAAGAGGAUGGCCCCGGCCCCGGGUCGCUGAUGGGCGAGCGGGGGCGGGCGGCGGCGGCGAUGACGGUCGCCGGGUGCCCGGUGUGCCUCCUCUACGUGCUCGUCUCGUCGGUGGACCCCAGGUGCCCGAGGUGUGCCGUGCACGUGCCGGUCAUAGGCGAGCUCAAGAAGAGGCCCAAGUUGGACCUCAACUCGCCGACCCGAGAUGGUGACGAUGACGAGGACUGGAAGAAGUCACAUUUGUCUUUGCAAAUAAUAUAGCAUAAAUGUAUUUAUAUUUUAAAUUUUGGCACUUUUUUUAUACUAGUAAAAAUUAUGAGAAUUAUGCAAUUCCAUCCAA